AUGGCGAACCCGUACAACUAUGCGAUUGGUAAAGAUGUGAAAAUCUUCAUCGGGGGUAUCCCUGCUGCCAUCACUGAGGAAGAGCUUAGGCGGGAGCUUUCCAAGUUAGGAGGACUCACGUCAACGUUCUACAUGCCCGACUUAAACCACGGCUCUAGCGGAUGGGCUUUUGCGACAUACACAGAUCGAGCUGAUGGCGCAGCCGCCGUCCAGGCCAUAGACGGCAAGUUGUACUUCGAGGGGUGUCAAGAGCCGUGCAAAGCGCAAAUUGUAACGUCGCGAAAUUCACCUGAUUACAUAAAGUCCACCUGUAAUACCCACAGCGGACCUGUAACGGCUUCCGGGUAUUGGCAGCAGUUCACAAACUCGGAUGGAGUGCCAUAUUACUACAACAUGCGCACUGGACAGACUCAGUGGCGCCGGCCAGUUGAGAUGGAACACCAGGUGCCUGCGGCCAAGCCGGUGGUCGGGAACACCCUAUUCGGGCCUCCAGGAUCCAACCUCUUCGUGUUCCACCUGCCUGCAGAAUGGGACGACGCAGACUUCAUACUGCAUUUUCAGCAAUUUGGGACUGUCCUAAGCGCACGGGUGCAACGAGACAGUGCGGGACGCAACAAAGGCUUCGGAUUCAUCUCAUACGACAAUCCGCUCUCCGCACUUAAUGCGAUCAAAAGCAUGAAUGGGUUCAACGUAGCCGGCAAGUACCUAAAAGUCCAGCUGAAAAAGGGAGAGGAGCAUUGUGCCUACCCUAACACUGGCGGCGAUGCUUCCCUUAACGGCGUCCGGAGCGACAGCAUAAGGAGCAACAUGUCCGCUGGGAGGCAACACAGGCGCCCGCCGUACAGAGACCCCCGAGGAAAGGGCGGAACACAAGCCCACUAG